AUGGGUCCGGGCGAGCAUGUCUUCCUCCUCCUAAUCCUAAGCUACACCCCUCCCCCGCCUGCUCCUCCUCUCUCCCCUCGCCGGCGGAGGUGGACUCGGCCCCGCAUUCCCCUCCCAGAUCCCCCACCAUGGCCACCCUACCCGCCCCCGUCUCCGCGUCCACCUCCGCCGCGGGAUCGGACGUCGCGCCGCCCACGCUCGGAGGACUCGCCGCCGCGCCGCACGUCCAGGCACCGCCGCGCGCAGUCGGAGAUCCUCCUCGGGGCCACCGCCCUUCCCGACGACCUUGCCUUCGACGCCGCUGACCUUGGCGUCGUCGCCGCCGCCACCGACGACGACGACGAAGAGGACGAGUACGAGGACUACGAGGAGGGGCCCGGCGGCGGUAACGCGGGCAGCCGCAUGUUCCAGAUGUUCCUCGAGGCCGGCGGCAGGCUCGGCGAGCCCACCAUGGACUCCGCCGCGCCCUACCCGCCCCCGCCGCCUGCGCGCCCGCGCCACCAGCACAUCAUGUCCAUGGACGGCUCCACCUCCUUCGCCUCCGCCUCCUCCGCCGCCGCGCUGGGCGGGAGGGCCGCCGCCGAUGCCAAGAAGGCCAUCUCCGACGCCAAGCUCGCCCUCGUUGACCCCAGGCGCGCCAAAAGGUGA